AAAUAAGAAAAAAACAUGAAAAAAACAUGAAUGCCUCGUCGUGAAGCAAGAUGAAGUAUCUUCGGAGAUAUAUAAAUGGCUUAUUGUUUAGACUCAUUACAGAUAAUAGCCGAGCGCAAAAAGAUGUUAUCGUUUCUCCUCUCGCAGAUUUAUCUGCACGGCAACAAUCUCAGCACGCUUCACGAACACCUGCCGACGGACAUCCUGCCGGCGGAGCUCGGUGGAACAGGGCCAGCCUUCAACCCGGGAUUGUGGGCCGAGCCGGUCAUCCACUCGGCGAUGAAAGAGGCCGAGCUCGCCGCCGCUGCUACCAAAAAGGGAAAAGAGCGGCAGGUCGACGCGCAAGAACCGGCCAACCUUCGAGACGGGUCGGAAACCGCAAACGGAAAUCAUCAGAGAACCGAUAGCUCGAACGUGCCGGCGAACGCGGACAAAACAUCCCUGAACAACUUUGACAAUCCCGCAAAGCACUCUUCCGGGAGAGCGGCGCAAAUGGACGUGGAGCUAAAUGUGAUAAAUAAGCGAUCGAUUGAACAAAGAGAAACGACGGAACUCGCGACAAGAAACGACGAGGAUGAUGUCAAGGAACGACUGCACGUCGGACGAGUUAGUAAUGGAAACGUGGACGAGCAGCCCAGGGAUACGAAUGAUUUAACGUUCCUCGACACAGAUGUCAACUUGAACGAAUUUGAGAUGAUCCCCAGUAGGUCCUGCAGCGAGAGCAGCAGGGACAAUUCGCUGGACAAUAGAUUAGAAGGAAAGGCUCUCAUUACUGCCGGCAACAACGAAACGCCAUCGGAAGAGACGAAUCUCAUAACGUAAUACUGAUCUCUGUAGAUCUAUAAAUAUUUGUAAUGCUUGCUAAUAGAAAUCUGUUUCUUCCUGUCAAAGGAGGUUUUUUUUACAAGCGACGCGAAUCUGUGGAUAACGGUUCGAAUAAUCUCGGGACAUUGUAAUUUUAUGGAUAAUGGCAACAGAUUUACUUACAAGCUAUUCCUUGUAGUCUAAGUCUCUAGGAUAUAUAAUUUGGUCCGGUGCUUUUUUGGUUACGGAUUUCCGCUUCCUUGGAAUAUAUAUACAACCAGGAUGUAAAAUUUUUAUAUUGAUCUUAUAAAUAUUAUACACCUAUACAGAAGUGAGUAUUGAAAGCGCACUUCUUGAGAACUAGAUAUUCUCUAAUGUUUUUAUUCUUGAACUAUAUUUAUAAAACGUAAAAAAUACUAAAUUUUAAAUGAAGUUAAAAACAAGAACAAAAUACAAUUAUAUUCUGUUUCUAUUACAGUUCUUUUGCUGAGCAUGUUUAUUAUAACUAUAACAAUUAUUGAAACUAUGGUACCUGUUUUACAAAUCCAUGUAUAGGCAGCUCUUGUUAUAAGAAAUUAAUUAAUAUCAGAAGGACUGUAAUAGACAAGGGCUGUUUAUGGUAUCUCAUCAUUCUUAUUUUAAUACAGAGAUCAGAAAUGUUUCCUAAUUUGUAAUGAUUGAAUGUCUUUAAAUGAGAAUUGAAUGAGUGAGUGUGAACGAUUUCAUAAAAAACACAUUAAUAUCAUAUAUACAUUCACAAAUAAUGAAUUUAUGCGAUCGUACUUUGUACUUUUAGUAGCAAAAUAAAUAUUUUCGAUACAAUUUA